UCCUCCACUUCUCCCUGAGUAGAAGCCUGGACCAGGAAGUGGCUCCCCCUCCUUCUGCUUUCACAUGUAGCUUCUGCUUUUUUGUUUAUUCGCAAUGUUUUCAUAGAGCGGCUGAAUGUGCCCGAGCUUCCUCCCUCCACAGUGUGCGGCGCCCGGCAGACCCCUCACCUUCCCAUAACUGACAGGAGGGACCGCUCCCAGACACCUGGACAGGACCCAAAAUGAUAAUGUGGCUGUUAUACACCAUAUCCAUCCUGACUUCAUAACAACCCAUAGAGUGGCACGUGGACAUGAACCUGCACCCUCGACGAAUUCGUCUUAAGCCAUGGUUGGUGGCACAGGUGGACAGUGGAAAAUACCCAGGGUUAUAUUGGGAAAAUCAGGAUCACAAGAUGUUUCGUAUCCCCUGGCGUCAUGCAACUCGUCAUAUACCAACACAAGACGAUGAAAACACAAUAUUUAAGGCUUGGGCCAUGGAAACUGGGAAAUAUCAAGAGGGUAAAGAUGAGCCUGACCCUGCAAAAUGGAAGGCAAAUUUGCGCUGUGCCCUAAACAAGAGCAGAGAGUUCAAGCUUCUAUAUGAUGGCACCAAAGAAACGCCCAUGCAACCGUUUAAGAUCUACCAGCUAUGUGAUCUCCCAGGACAAAAUGAAGAGCCCUUGCUGGAUGACACUGGAUGUGAUGAAGAGGAAGAGAUUGACCAUAUGUUCCCAGCGCUGGAUAUUAGUGAUCCACUGCCACCUUACAUCUGGCCUAAAUCAGAACCCACUUUCAGCCCGUGUGGAAACCUUAUGCAACAUAACCUGACCCCAGCAGACACUGCUGUAAAACCAACUGCCCCUGCUGUGUACCCUGGAGUGGAAUUAUCUCCCCAAGGCAUGGUGCCACAGACGGUAGUUCUUCCUCUUUCAGAACUAGUUCCUGCUGGGAGUAUGGAGCCAAGUCAAGAUCCAACGCUUCCUAUACAAGGGGUGAUGGCAGCCCCCAUUGAACAAGGCAUACCAGAGUUGCUUAGUCCCCAAAUGUUGCCAUUGACUGACUUAGAAAUAAAGUUCCUAUAUAGAGGGAAGCAAGCGGGAGCGAUGACUGUCAGUAACCCUCAUGGCUGCCGCCUUUUUUACAGUAACCUUGAGCCAACUCCAGAGCAAGUGGAACUGUUUGGUCCAACUUCUCUGGAACAAGUUCGGUUUCCAGGAACAGAUGAGAUCGGCAAUGAGAAACAAAAGUUCUACACAAACCAUCUUUUGGACGUUAUGGACCGAGGACUUAUCCUUACCUUGCAAGGGCAGGAUAUCUAUGCAAUCCGAUUGUGCCAGUGCAAGGUCUUCUGGUCUGGCCCUUGUGCAACUAACCUAGGUGGUCCUAAUCCCAUAGAAAGGGAGAAGAGAAUCAAAGUAUUCAGCUUAGAGACCUUUUUAAAUGAACUCAUUGCAUGCCAGAAAGGGCAGACCAAUGUACUGCCACCUUAUGAGAUAUUUUUCUGCUUUGGGGAGGAAUGGCCAGAUCGAAAACCUAGAGAGAAAAAGCUCAUCACUGUGCAGGUUAUUCCUGUAGCUGCACGCUUACUAUCUGAAAUUUUCACUGGAGAAUCCUCUUGGUCUGCAGAUAGUAUAAAGCUCCAAAUCUCACAUCCGGACCUAAAGGAUAAGAUGGUGGAGCAAUUUAAGGAACUUCAUCAGCUUUGGCAAAGUCAGCAGGCCCAAGCUAUGAGCCCAGAUGGAGGAGUAACUGCUACUGGAGUAAAUGUCGGCUCUGGGCCUUGGCCUAUGCAUUCAGGAAACAUGCAGUAACAAGACUGUUGAAUGUGGUUCAUGAUACUGUUUUGGGCUCAGUUAUGGAGAAUACAGUUACUGAACACAAUAUGAAAUUCUACCAUAGAGGAUGAAGGAACUGCGAGGUUUAUGUGCUUAAGUAAUUGCUCUGGAUGGUGAUAGAGAACAAAACAGACUUGUUUCUACUGCAGAAAAUCUCAGGAAUAACAUCCCAAACUGUUGUUUGGGAAAAUGAACCAUAGCCUAGGGUUCAUCUUAGUGUGUAGAAUAUUAUGGCAUGUUGGCAGUUAUAUAGCAGUGAUCCAUGUUCACCCUCAUAGGGAAAUACUGAAUUUCAGUAGUAUGCAUAUUACUUGUCAUAAAUUCUGUUCACAUUCUAGAUACAUGUGUAGAAAAUAGAAGGGGAACAGAAUACACUUGGAUGUGGUUUCAGCUUCUUUAUGUUAAGCUUGUUGCCUUCUGGUUAGUAAAGCUGAACAAGGAGUUUUUAUUUUUAGGAGUAAGAUUUCACAAUGAAUGUAGAGAAAGAUAACCAGUUUAUUUUAAAUUUGACCUGUCACAUAGAUGCAAACUAAAUAAAGGGAAAACUAUUUUCUGUUUUUCUAAAUGUAGAGCUUUGGCGGAUAUUGCAGCUCAGCCACAUUCACUUAAACAAGGAUGAGCUGCAAUACCAAGAGCAGUCCAUGGGAAUGAAUAUAUAUAUUUAUUACAGAAAGGUCCAGCAUAUGUAUGCACAGGGGGAAGGAGGUCCUUCACAUGAACUUUUAUCCAUAUAAAGAUGCUCUUUCAGAUAAAAUGUUGUAUUGACACCUCUACUUCCUGUGUUGUAGAUCAUAAUUUUAUUUGACAUUGUCUUAUCAUUUAAAAGAAUAAGCUUCAAUGACCAAAUCCACAAACAAGAACUCUAUAAUGCAUGAACCAUGAAAGCGGGCAGCACUGAAGUCUCUGUACUCCAUGUAACGUUCAGUCUGGCCCACAAGGGAAGGCACUUGUUUUUGUAGGUAAAUCUCUCCUGACACUACCACUAUAUGUAAGUGGAAGGAAACUGUUGUUCAAGCAGAUCUGUAGUCAGGUUGUGGACUGUGUAUGUUUUAUACACUCAAAAUAAAAC